UCCAAAACGGUAAGAAUCAAAUGUUUAACUCUAGGAGAGCUGGAAAAUGAGCAUAUUUUCAAAAAAAGAGGAAUGUCCCUUUAAUUAUAUUACAUUUCUGUCAAUUUACACAUUGCACCUUUAAACAUUAUGAGACAUCUUUACAUAACAUCAAGGUGUAUUUCAUCUCGUCUAAAAUGAAUUUAAAAUUGACCAGAUACAAAAUGUAACUUAAAUUCAAAUUUAUAGUCAAGUGCUAUAGCCUAUGUGACAUUUAUUUUGACAUUUAUUAAGUGUGGCAAUUCAUACAAAGAUGUAUUGUACAUAUUUGUAAAUACUUUUUCUGUGUGUGUGUGUGUGUGUGUGUGUGUGUGUGUGUGUGUGUGUGUGUGUGUGUGUGUGUGUGUGUGUGUGUGUGUGUGUGUGUGUGUGUGUGUGUGUGUGUGUGUGUGUGUGUGUGUGUGUGUGUGUGUACAGUAUGUUAUGCAUCUUUAUUACUUUGGAUUUAGAAUCUGUAUUUCCCUGGAAAGGUUUCAGGGUAACUACCGAAUUUACCACCUCACAAACUUGUAGUUAGUACUGUAAUUAAACAACACUUUCCUCAGUUCUUAAUAAUACAAAUAAAUAAUAAAGAUUUUUUGUUUCUCACUUGUCUUUUCUUGCAUGUUCUUAAAUUGCAGCUGCUAUGUAUAAUAGAGCAUUUAAUACAGAAAUGCAGCCCUUAAAUGACAGCAUGAGAUAGAAAUCAGUAGAAGUGUGCACUCACUCAUUUUUUUUAAGAAAUACAGGCAGGUUUGUGUUAUAAAGAAAGGUCAAAGGAAUGAAAAAAAUAGGUCUUACAUCAAAGCUUCUUUUGAAUGUCAAGCACAGAAAUGUCUAUUCUUCAGUGAUAAAGUGUUUUGGUUCAGUUCCUAGUUACUAGUUUUACUUAACUUUUUACUUUCUGUUGUACCAUCUUAGUCACUUCCUGUGUAGAUUUUCACUCAAGAGAAAGUCUGAUAUCCACUCGACAAUCGUCUUUUGUUGGUGAUGACCUACAAUAUGAACAAUGACGGUAAACUGCACAUCCGUCAAUUUUGCUUUUACGCACCAAUUUUUACCCACAGUUUAUGUGACUGUUUUCAUUCUUGGACUUCUUGGCAAUGGUUUUGGACUGAAAUCUGUGUAUGAUAACUGGCAAAAAAUUGGUAAUGUAAAUAUCUUUGUACUCAACCUGUGUCUGGCAGACAUCCUGUACAUCUUUACUUUGCCUUUUCUGGUGACUUACUAUGCAUUGGACAGUCGGUGGAUAUUUGGAAGUGUUUUCUGCAAAAUUGUAAGGUUCUGUUUUUGCAUCAACCUAUACGGCAGUAUUGGCUUCCUCACAUGCAUCAGCGUUUAUAGAUAUCUGGGCAUUGUACACCCUUUAAGAUUCAAGGGAAGAAUUACAGAGAGACACUCUGCGAUUAUUACUUUGCUGGUUUGGUUUUUGGUUUUUCUUCAAUGUUUGCCUGAUUUGUUCUUUGAAAAAAACAACGCAGACCAAGUCAAAUCCUGUUUUGACACAACUUCAGAUCACCUGAUUGAAAAAUACCUGAAAUACAGCAUCGGAAGGACGGUUUUUGGCUUUGGGAUCCCUUUGGUAAUCAUGCUGUGCUGUUACGGACAUGUGGCUUUUACUCUAUUGACAAAGAAAGAAACUGAUGUCAUUUUAAAGCUGAGGUGUCUCAGACUAGUCGUGAUCUUGACCUUGCUCUUCUCCAUUUGUUUCAUUCCCUAUCACGUUUUCAGAAAUUACAACCUGGUUACUCGCCUCUCUAAGUAUAAAGGCAUAUGUCAGAAAUGGUAUUCUAAUAUUUACAUUGCCAACCAGAUUGGAAAUGGACUGGCUUGCUUGAACAGUGCAAUCAACCCACUGGUUUAUCUCUUUAACAAUGACGAACUGCUCAUGAAGUGUUUCAUGAGGUGUGGCCGAGUUUACCAAACUCCUUCUGUCUCCAUGUCACCCCCAGGACAAUACCUGAGGAACACAACAGCAUAACCAGGAUAUCUGUCUCAUUUCUGAUGAAUGGACUCUGUGUCAUAACUUCAGUUUUUUAUAUGAUCAGAUUUGCAUGAAUUUGGUUGAAUGUGUGAUUACGGUGUUAAUAAUUGAUCCAUUCACUACGUGACAAUGUGCAUCGUAUGACAGGAAGUAUGCUUGUAUGGUUUCCGAUUAUGUGUGGUGCUCAGGGUUUUUACCUAAUGUGUCAAUGCAAGGUCAUGUUUAUGGUGUAUCAUGUAGAUCUUACUAUAACAUUACAUUAUCUUACUUACAGUAACAUGAUAUGACAAAUAAAACAUUUUAGUACCUCAGUCCUUUAUUACAUACUCCAACCACAAGAGUGUGCUAUAUAUAAGCUUGGCAACAUCAUGGUUCUGUCAGAAUAGCUUUUUAUGUUUUUCUGUCAGAAUAGCUUUUUUAUGUUUAAGCCACAGAGCAGAGGUGUAAAAAGUACUCAAAAAUUUUACUUAAGUGAAAGUACAAGUACUGAGUGUAAAUUUUACUCAAUUAAAAGUAAAAGUAUCUGGCCAGAAUUAUACUUGAGUAAAAGUAAAAAAGUACCACAUUAAAAUUGUACUUGAGUAUUAAAAAAGUAAAAGUAACCGGAAGAAGGAAAAUGAGAGAUUCAUGUUUAAGCUUUCUCUAAAAACAUGAAGUGAAUGAACCACAUACAAGGUUUCAUCCUUUACAACUGUUUGUAUUUAAUUGUAUUUCAUUAUCAAACUAUAAGACUACAUAAUUUCCAACAUGUAUAGCCACAGAAUGUUUUGCUCAUUUAUCCGUGUCAUUGUCACGGAUCUCCGCAUUUUUUGUGUCUGUACCACAGACUUUCUUUUACGUGUCAGUUUUUUACUCAAUGGUUUUUCCUAUUUUUAA